CACACAGUCCUCCCUCCCUAUUAGAAAUUUCCGAUUACGCAAUCGUCAAAUCUCAAAUGCACCACCGACGCGGCGGCGGAUAAUCUUCCUCCGGAUCUGUCAAUGUCGGCCUCUCAAACCCUAGGCGGGGUUUCACGCGCCGGCCGCAUCCUCGGCCCUUCCCUCGACAAAAUCAUCAAGAACGCGGCGUGGCGGAAGCACUCGCAUUUGGUCUCCGCCUCCAAAUCCGCCCUCGACAAACUCGACUCCCUCUCCGACUCCCCUCUCAACGACCCCAACUCCCCCGUCGUCGGCUUCCUCUUCCCCGACGCCGAGUCCGUCCUCGCCCCUCUCCUCCUCGCCGUCGACUCCGCCCACCCCAAGGUCGUCGAGCCCGCCCUCGACUGCGCCUUCAAGCUCUUCUCCCUCGGCCUCUUCCGCGGCGAGAUCCACUCCGCCGCUCCCAAAUUCGUCCUCUUCCGCCUCAUCGACUCCGUCUGCAAGACCGGCGGCCUCGGCGACGACGCCAUCGAGCUCGCCGUGCUCAGAGUCCUCCUCGCCGCCGUCAGAUCGCCGCUCGUCGCGAUACGAGGGGACUUUCUGGUGAGCAUUGUGAGGAGCUGUUACAAUGUGUACCUUGGUGGAUUGAAUGGGACUAAUCAGAUCUGUGCUAAGUCGGUUUUGGCUCAGAUUAUGGUGAUUGUCUUCACCAGAGUCGAGGCCGAUGCUAUGCACGUCAGCAUUCCCAGGGUUUCGGUGAACGAGCUGCUGGAAUUCACUGAUAAGAAUUUGAACGAAGGGAGCUCCAUUUUAUUCUGCCAGAACUUCGUCAAUGAGGUUAUGGAAGCUAGUUAUGGAGGUCCUGAUAGUGUCAAUAUGGCGGCUCCGUCCCCCAGGAGAUUGCAGAAUGGAAAUGCCGGCGAGUCGGGGGAUGGAGAACCCAAUGAUGGAGCUGAAUCCGGCGAGGGAGGUGGUAGUAGUAAGAUUCGGGAUGACGGAUUUUUGUUGUUUAAGAAUUUGUGUAAGUUGUCGAUGAAGUUCUCGUCGCAGGAGCAUUCAGAUGAUCAGAUACUAUUGAGGGGUAAGAUAUUGUCCUUGGAGCUUCUAAAGGUGGUCAUGGACAAUGGGGGUCCUAUUUGGCGCACCAAUGACAGGUUUCUCAAUGGCAUCAAGCAGUUCCUAUGCUUAUCAUUGCUCAAAAACAGCGCGUUGUCAGUUAUGUCUAUAUUCCAGCUGCAGUGUUCUAUUUUCACAAGCUUGUUAUCAAAAUUUAGAUCAGGGUUGAAAGCAGAAAUCGGUAUAUUUUUCCCCAUGCUCGUCUUACGCGUUCUUGAGAAUGUUCUCCAGCCUAGUUUCUUGCAGAAAAUGACGGUCCUCAAUCUUUUAGAGAAGAUCUCUCAUGAUUCACAGAUUAUCAUUGACAUUUUUGUCAACUAUGACUGUGAUGUGGAUUCUCCAAACAUUUUCGAAAGGAUUGUCAACGGCCUUCUGAAAACUGCUCUAGGUCCGCCUUCUGGUUCGACAACAACAUUAUCUCCAGUUCAGGAUAUUACUUUUCGGCAUGAAUCAGUGAAGUGCCUGGUUAACAUCAUUAAGUCAAUGGGAGCUUGGAUGGACCGACAGAGACUGGGAGACUCCUAUCUUCCAAAGACCAAUGAGAGUGACACUCCAUCAGAGAAAACAGAGAAUCAAUUGACCCUCAAUGGUGAAGAAGGAAUUGUUUCAGAAAAUGAUGUACAACCAGAAGGAAAUUCAGAUGCUGUAACACUCGAGCAACGCCGAGCUUUUAAACUUGAACUGCAGAAAGGUAUCUCACUGUUCAAUAGGAAACCUUCCAAGGGCAUUGAGUUUCUGAUAAGUACCAAAAAAAUUGGGGGUUCUCCAGCAGAUGUGGCUUCUUUUCUGAGAAACAACACUACGGGCCUAAAUGAAACCAUGAUCGGUGACUAUUUGGGUGAAAGAGAAGAAUUUCCUCUGAAAGUUAUGCAUGCUUAUGUAGAUUCCUUUAAUUUUAAAGGGAUGGAUUUUGGUGAAGCAAUUAGGUUUUUCCUGCGGGGAUUCAAGUUGCCUGGAGAAGCACAGAAAAUUGACCGAAUCAUGGAGAAGUUCGCUGAGCGCUAUUGUAAAUGCAGUCCAAAUUCAUUUACUAGUGCAGAUACUGCUUAUGUCCUUGCAUACUCUGUGAUAAUGCUCAACACGGAUGCCCAUAAUAGCAUGGUUAAAGAUAAGAUGACCAAGGCUGAUUUUAUACGCAACAAUCGAGGAAUAGAUGAUGGCAAAGAUCUACCUGAGGAAUAUCUUGGUGCUCUAUAUGAUCAGAUUGUAAAAAAUGAAAUUAAGAUGAAGGCCGACUCUUCUGUACCACAGAGCAAGCAAGAAAACAGCUUUAACAAAUUACUGGGCCUGGAUGGUAUCCUGAAUCUAGUAACCGGGAAGCAGACUGAAGAAAAAGCGUUGGGUGCAAACGGGCUUCUUAUAAAGGACAUCCAAGAGCAAUUUAAGGCGAAGUCAGGGAAAUCAGAGUCUGUUUAUCAUUCUGUGACAGAUGUGGCGAUAUUGAGGUUUAUGGUGGAGGUCUGCUGGGGUCCUAUGCUGGCCGCAUUCAGUGUGACUCUUGACCAAAGUGAUGACAGGCUUGCUACCUCUCAAUGCUUACAUGGUUUUCGAUAUGCCAUUCAUGUUACUGCUCUGAUGGGAAUGCAGACCCAGAGAGAUGCAUUUGUCACAUCAAUGGCAAAGUUUACUUAUCUACAUAAUGCUGCAGAUAUGAGGCAAAAAAAUGUGGACGCUGUGAAGGCAAUAAUAACAAUUGCCAUCGAAGAUGGUAAUCAUCUUCAGGAAGCAUGGGAGCACAUAUUAACAUGCCUUUCACGAAUUGAGCAUCUGCAAUUGUUGGGUGAGGGCGCACCUACUGAUGCAACCUUUUUCAGUGGAUCUAAUAAUGAAUUGGAUGACAAAUCACCAAGGCCUAUUGGUUUUGCUUCUCUAAAGAAAAAAGGAACUAUCCAGAAUCCAGCUGUGAUGGCUGUUGUUCGUGGGGGUUCAUAUGAUAGCACUAGUAUUGGAAUCAACACUUCGGGACUGGUAUCUCCAGAACAGAUUAAUAACUUCAUUUCAAAUUUGAAUUUGCUGGAUCAGAUUGGAAACUUUGAGUUGAACCAUGUAUUUGCUCAUAGCCAAAGCUUGAACAGUGAAGCCAUAGUUGCUUUUGUGAAGUCCUUGUGCAAAGUUUCCAUGUCAGAAUUGCAGUCUCCAACAGACCCUCGUGUUUUCAGCCUCACAAAAAUAGUCGAAAUAGCGCAUUACAAUAUGAAUCGUAUCAGAUUAGUGUGGUCUCGAAUAUGGAAUGUACUGUCAGAUUUUUUUGUAUCAGUUGGCUUAUCAGAGAAUCUUUCAGUUGCAAUAUUUGUGAUGGAUUCAUUGCGUCAGCUUGCUAUGAAAUUCUUAGAGCGUGAGGAGCUGGCAAAUUACAAUUUCCAGAAUGAAUUUUUGAGACCAUUUGUGAUUGUUAUGCAGAAAAGCAGCUCUACCGAGAUUAGGGAAUUAAUAGUUCGGUGCAUUUCACAGAUGGUCCUCAGCCGGGUCAAAAAUGUGAAAUCUGGCUGGAAAAGUGUUUUUAUGGUUUUCACAACUGCUGCCGCUGAUGAGAGGAAAAAUAUAGUCUUAUUGGCUUUUGAGACCAUGGAAAAGAUAGUCAGAGAAUAUUUCCCUUAUAUUACGGAGACAGAGGCAUUGACUUUUACUGAUUGCGUUAAAUGCCUCCUGACCUUCACAAAUAGCAGAUUCAAUAGUGAUGUUAGCCUCAAUGCUAUUGCAUUUCUGCGUUUCUGUGCUGUCAAACUUGCCGAAGGAGGCCUUGUUUACAAUAAGAACAGUGAAGUUGAUGGUUCUUCAAUUCCUAACGCAAAUGAAGGUGCUUCAACUGUUGAGGAUUUCAAUGAUAAAGAUGAUCAUACAUCUUUUUGGGUGCCAUUGCUAACAGGUUUGUCAAAACUAACAAAUGAUCCUAGAUCAGCUAUCAGGAAGGGAUCCUUGGAAGUUCUUUUCAACAUUUUAAAGGACCAUGGUCAUCUUUUCUCAAACCUGUUUUGGACUGCGGUUUUCAAUUCUGUUAUUUUCCCCAUUUUUAAAGGUGCCAGCGAUAAGAAAGACACUGACAUGAAAAAUGGCCAGUCCUCGCCAGUGUCAAUGUCCCCACGUCCUGAGGGAAGUACAUGGGAUUCUGAAACUUCGGCUGUUGCGACGGAUUGUCUCAUAGAUUUGUUUGUCAGUUUCUUUGAUGUUGUUAGGCCUCAACUACCAAGUGUGAUAUCCAUUCUGACAGGACUAAUCAGAAGUCCUGUUCAGGGUCCUGCUACCGCAGGAGUUGGUGCAUUAGUGCGUUUGUCCAGUGAGGUGGGUAGCAGGUUUUCAGAAGAUGAAUGGAAUGCAAUUUUUCUGGGUUUAAAGGAGGCUGCCACAUCUGCUGUGCCUGGAUUUUUGAAGGUCUUGAGAACCAUGGACAAUAUCAAUGUUCCUGGUCUUUCUGAUUCUUAUAGUGAUAUCGAUAUGUCGUCUGAUCAGGGGUACUCAAAUGAGGAUCUUGAGGAUGAUAAUUUGCAAACAGCUUCAUACGUGGUGUUAAGAGUGAAGAGUCAUGUUGCUAUGCAGCUACUCAUCUUACAGGUUGCUGCUGAUUUGUACAAAAUACACCUAGAAACCUUCUCAGCUGCUAACAUGACAGUUCUUCUUGAAGUAUUUUCUCUUGUGUCAUCACAUGCUCAUGAACUGAACUCUGAGACAAUUCUACAGAAGAAGCUGGAAAAAGUGUGUUCCAUCCUAGAACUUACUGCACCACCUAUUGUUCAUUUUGAGAAUGAAUCUUACAAAAACUUUCUCAACUUCCUCCAAAACUCACUUGUGGAUAAUCCGUCUCUUUCCAAGAAAAUGAACAUAGAAGCUAAACUCGUGGCAGUGUGUGAAGACAUAUUGCAGAUAUACCUAAAAUGUACUGAGCUUCAAUCUUCUGAACAGAAGCCAGUUUUGCACUGGAUUCUUCCUUUGGGUACAGCAAAGAAGGAGGAAUUGGCUACCAGGACUUUCUUAGCCGUCUCAGCAUUGCAGGCAUUGAGUGGUUUGGAAAAGGCCUCAUUUAGGAGGCACGUUUCUCAGUUAUUUCCUUUGUUGGUAGAUCUUGUGAAGAGUGAGCACACUUCUGGAGAAGUUCAACAUGUUCUAAGCAACAUAUUCCAGUCAUGUAUAGGCCCAAUAAUAAUGGAAUGACUUUAUAUGACCAAUUUUAUUAGUGAUAUACUUCACAUACCAUUACAGAGUCGCAAUCUUCGUUUCCACCUGGCUGGAGUAUAUAGCCAAAUCAUCCAUUUCUAUUUAGAAUUUUGUAGUAUAUACCAAGGCUGGGUUUUCCACAUCUCCUUUUCACCUGUCUAUUGAAGAAUGUGUGAUCUGAUAUGCUAGUAAUAUCUCUAUAUCCCAGCAUAUCUAUAUCUAUACACUCACAGAGUACCUGUAGUUGGUUUUGUGCGGACAGUUAUGAAAUGAAAUAUCAGCAUU